GCACUAAAGGGAUUAAAAGCUGAAAAUAUGACUUGAAGAGUGAUGGCCUGAUGCUUCCUUCCCUGAUAAAGACACACCUCUUGGAUAAAAAAAACUCACAUUUGGACUUUGGUGUUCUCUGGUAUGGGUCACUUUGGAUUUGAUUCACACACAAAGUCGAUCAUGUCCAGAGUGGAAGCUUUUAGAGAUACAAACCUUCGGUCCCUGCUGAGGGAGUUGCGGACCGAUAUUGCCAUGGCAGUAGAUGACCCUUUUCCACUCGUGUAUGGUUUGGCUGAUAAAAACAUCAUCUCUGAUCAACUGCUGAAGGAAACUCUGGAGAAGGAGGGCAAAGAGGGGAUCCACAAAGCCAUGUACUCGCUCCUUUCCUGGGUCCUGGAGCAGAGCAGAUCCACCAUCCAGGCUUUCUGGAGCAACUUGUCCAAAGACUAUAACCUGGAGAGCUACACCAAGCUGCAGCCGCUGCUUAAAAAAUUGGAACUGAGACGGGAUGCUUUUGGUUCCAGAUGUGAGAAAAAAUCCCCUGGAGGCCACAGAGCACCUCAUAGCAAGAAGAGGAGCCACGAGGAAAAAGGGACUAAGUCUCACAGUCAACAUCCACAGUAUCAUGCCAAGACAAGCGAUGAAGCAGGGGGUAAAGUGAAGUUAUUCAGAGUGAAGAGUGAAACUCCAGCCCAACAUACAACAUCUAAAAACACUAAUCUACAAAGCAGUCAUGAAGCCAGAGAACAGACCCUCAGCACAGAGGUGUUUGACUCAAAUGAACCUUCCAGAAAGUGCAUCAAAAUCGCAGAGGAGUUUUGCUCUGGUGGUCAGUCAGAGGUGAAAAAUGAAGCUGCUGUGAACAAGUCUCACCACAAGAGGGAGACAAACACAUUCACGGUUCAUUAUAACGAUGAUGAGUGUGCGGUGUGUAAGGAUGGAGGAGAGCUCAUCUGUUGUGAUGGAUGUCCUCAAGCUUUCCACCUGACCUGCCUCCACCCUCCACUCACAUCCAUACCAAGUGGUCCUUGGCAGUGUGAGUACUGCUUUGGAAACAGAGUGAAAAGAGAGAAGACCCAGCUACCUUUGGAACCACUCAUCGCACAGCCUCUGCAAACAAACACAAGCUGCAGCAACUCCAUCACAGACAUCUCCUUAUUCACCUCGCUGUCAUCCUCAUCUCACUCCUCUGUUGUAGCUUCUAUGAGCGGCCCUGGUGGAAGAAACCUCCAGUGCUUGGGUGGAGAGCUGAGAAGGGUGUGUGGAGUGUGUCACCUUGGAGGAGGAGACCUGACUCACUGCCUCCAGUGUCUGCAGUGUUUCCACCUGCACUGCCACUUUGCCAAAGGGAGAUCAAUCUGCCUGUCCUGCUCAGAGCCCUGGAGAAGCUCUGUAGAGCAGGACUCUGAAUCCAGAGGUGUACAGCUCCCCCAGGUGGCUCAAAACACACUCGGUCAUGACCAGAGCUCCUCUGCCCCUGAACCCACCACACAUAGAGAUGAGCUUGACUCUAUCCUGGGAGACGGCUCCAUCGAUGGCAUCUUUCAGUGGGCUUUCCACAAUAUGGCGCGGCCUCUUCCAGACUCUCAAGGAUGCUUCCAGUGACAAAUACUGACCAGCCCUUCACUCACUGGGAGCUCUCAUUGGUUGAAGAUGUGCUAGAAACAAUGAAGAAAAUGAUUAAAGAGGCAUUUUACCUUGAA